AUGAGCAAUUAUGGUGGUUAUGGUUAUUAUGGAAAAUCGGACUCCACAAUGGGAUAUGGUGAAUCACAACAACAACAAGCACAACAAAUUGGUGGAGGUGGAGGUGGAUAUGGCGAACCACAAAGAACAUCUUAUGAUGAGCAACAACAACAACCGUAUGCUGGAUUAGUUAGCAUGUGAGUGGUGGAGUCUUGGGGCAGGGCUGAUAAAUAUGAAAAAUUAGAAAUCCAGGAGGAAAGGGAAUUCGAAAUUUCUGAUUUUUGGUUGAUAAAUAGUUCAUUUUUUAACAAAAAUUUGAGAAAAUGAAUUUAUCGGAACUGUGAACAUUUUUACAUGUAACUCAAUAGACAAUUUGGUUUUCCCAGAAAAAUCAUUCAAUUUUUGAAACAGUGAAGUAUUUGAGUUUUCUGAAGAAUUCAAAUUUUUGAGGCUAAUUUGUGAGAUUUUGGCUGUAAAUCGAUUAAAGAAAAUAAUUUUGUUUAAAAAAAUUUCAAAAAAAAAAUUAAAUUCAGGAAGUAUCGUAAAAGUAUGUUUUCCAAGUUAUAUUGAUACAUCAGCUAACGAAGCAUCAUCUUGUUUUACUAAAAAUUCAUAACUAUUUUUUGAAACAGUAAAAUAUUUUUAAUCAAAAAUUUUUUUUUCAGGGUUGGUCAACCAUCAUCGAUUCAUCAAGAAGUCAGUUAUGAUACAUCUUCCAAGGAUCCACAUAUGAUAAGGUAAGACAUUAUUUUUGAGUAGGAGCUUUUAAGCCUAAAUUAUGACGUGGCAAAUUAUAAUUUCCAAAUUUUCUAGAGCUCGCGUUUUCAUCGGAAAUAUUGCUCGAGCAAUUGUGACAAGAGACGAAAUUAUCGAUUUAUUCCAACCUUUUGGAACUCUUAUGGCUGUUAAUUAUUUUGCGGUAAGUUUUCUUUUUUCCACGUGGAUUUUCGAUGCCAAAAUUGAAUUUUUGCAGCAACAAGGAUUUGCUUUUAUUCAAUUUACUGAAGCUACAGAUGCCGAUAAAUCGUGUUUGACUUUGAAUGGAAAACAAUGGAAAGGAUGUGUUUUAGGUAGGCCUUUUGUUCUUUUUCUUUAAAAAAAUUGCAAGAAAAAUUGAAUCCACGAGAUUUCUUUUAUUUUCUUUUCAUUUUCAUUUUCAUUAUAUUUUUUUUUCAAAUUUUUCACUUUGUUUUCCAUUUCUUCCCUUUUAAUUUUAAUUAUGUUUUUCAAUAUUUUAGAUGUGCAUUUGGCAAUGUUGGGCAAAAAAGCCCCGACUGCUCCAACUGCUCCAGUUGGUCCGCCGAGUUCUUCGAUUGGUGCAUCGAUUUUGUCGGCUGAAACGAAUCAAGCAAAAGCGGCGAGGUUUAUUUUUGGUUUUUUCGGAGUUUUUUCUUUAUUUUUAUUGAUUUUUUGGGUGGGAAAGGCGCGUUUAAAAAUAGGAUUUGUGCUCAAAAACGUUGGAAAAAUUAUCUGAAAAUUUCCAGCACGAAACUGUGCGUGGAAAUUCUUUAAGUUUUAGGAAUUUCUGAAAAAAGGCGUUGAAUUUUCACUGUUUCAAAAUGUUUAUUAAAUUUCUAGGGAAACGGACUACUUCUUCGCUCAGGAAGGCUACAAAUUAAUUGGUAUUAGUAGAACUGAUAUAUUUUCAAUGAAAAUUUUUUUACUGUUUCAAAAUUUCUAUAAUUUUUUUCUGGAGAAAUUUUUUUUCGAAUUGAUUUCAGUAAUUGUAAGCUAAAUUAAUUGAAUCUAGUACGAUUUUUCAUUCAUUUUCAGCGCAUAAAUUUGCAAGACAACUCUACAUUGUCUGGAUUUUUAUCUGAAAAUCAUUAUUUCACUGGGAAAGUUUCCCAAAAAUUUCAUUUAUUUACUGUUUUGAAACUUCUAUACAUUUUCUAGGAAAUGAUUCUUAUUGAUGUGUGACUGCUUUUGUAUUAUUGAAUUAAAAAUGCGUGAGAAAUAAAAAACUAGGUCAAGUGACGUGGAUUUAAAAACAGUAUAGGUAGCCAUGUCGUCAGUUGCGAUGCGUGUGGACGACACGUUUUUAGAAAUGAAAAUUUGGCAAAUUCAAUGGAAAAUAUCGAGGUCAACACGCAACGCAGAACCGCAUCGCGACUGACGACAUGGCUACCUAUACUGUUUUUAAAUUCACAUCACUUGACCUAGUUUUUUAUUUCUCACGUAUUUUUAAUUCAAUAAUAGUUAAAUUAAUUGACGUUGGUUUCCAAAUUUUUCACUUCAACAUUUUUAUAAUUUUUCUGAAGGAAAAUUUUAAAGGAUGCUUGAUUUGUGCUACCAAACGAGCUAAAACUGGCAAGAAUUUUAAUGCUAUUUUUUCGAGCACAAAUCCUCUCAUAUUUUCUCAAAAAUUCCUAUUUUCGGACUGAAAAUCAGUUCUUCGCAAAAAACGCCACUAUUUUAAAGUUGUUCGAAUCUGUUUCGAGAUUUACUUUGAAACGAUGUUUGAUCGAAAUUCAUAGAAAUCUUCAGGAUUUCGAGAUUUUCCAACCUUUUUCCCAUUUUCCCCCAAAAAUACCCAAUUUUUUGCAGCAAACGUGGUCCGGACGAUGAAGAAUUUGAGAUUUUCAAGCAAAACAAACGGAAUAAGUUGUUUAUGAUGAGCGAUAAAACAAAUGGCGAAGAUUUGGCGCCAAAUGGUGGGUUGUUUUCCAAACUUUUCCGUCUAUGGAUCAAAGUCUGAACAUCUCAUAAAAAACAAAAUAAAAUUUUGAAACAGUAAAUUUUCGAGAAAAAAAUAAAAUGAAAAAAAAGUAAAAAAAAAAAUUAUUACAUCAUUUUUCUUCCCUCUUUUUUUCAGGGAGAAAAAAAUGAAUUAAGAAUACUUUUAGUUGAGAAUUCUGAUUAAGAAAAUGUCCAAAUCCCCAAUCAGAAUUCCUCUGCAAAAAUCUGAAAAUUUCCAAUUUAUUUCAGAAAUGUGCGAUACAAUGGUUUGCGGAAAUUGUCGUUAUGUUACGAGCGAUUUUGAGGAAUUCAAAAAUCAUCGAAUGAUUGGAUGUAGAAGAUAUUCGGAUCAGGGUGAGAAUUGAUUUUGGGGAUGAGAAAAUCGGAGGGAAAUUAUACUGUUUCAAAGAAAAAUCAUGUUUUCAUUCAAAUUUGGAAAAGUUGAUAAUGCUAUCGAAAUUGUUUUAUAAUAACCCUUUAAUUUUGGAAUACAAAAUAUUUUGAAAUUUUCAAUAUCAAAAACUCACUGUUUCAAAAGUAUCUCAAGUUUUUGGAAAAUUUUUACAACUUCAUUCCGUGUUCGAAUAAAGUUUCACAAUUUUGCUGAAAAUUUGAAUUUUCAGCAUUAUUCACGUGACAGAACUUUAAUUCCCAGAUUUAAAACUUGAAUUUCUGAACAAUUAUUAUCAUGUCUUUUGCUUCAAAAUUGUAAAAUUCCACAAAAAAAAUUCGACAGAAAUAUACGUUUCAAAGAAUUCUCAUAUUUUUAUGAAAUGCGAAAAAUAUAAUGCGAAAAUCAUAGUUUUUUGAUAAAAAAUGGUUUGAAAUUUUCAAUAAAAAAUCACGGUUUUUUUUUAAAUUUCAAAAUUCUCUGAAAAUUUGGAAAUUAUGAGCCAGAAUUUCUAAACUGUGGAUUAAAAAUUAUAAGAAGUUUUCUCAACAUUUCUGGUAGUAAAAUGAGCGUUUUUCUAGAAUAAAUUACUGUUUCAAAAUUUUCAUUAAAACUGAAAUGUUCAAUUUUCAUUGUUUAUUGAAUCCAAUCCAGAGUAUUUAGACAAAAUAAUUAAAAACAAGGAAAAAAAUGUACUGUUUCAAAAAUGUCUCAUAAUUUUCUGAUUUUUAAAUUUUUUUGAAAUUCUCAUUUUGAUUUUGAAAAGUUCACUGUUUCAAAAUAUUCUCGAAUUCUAUAAAGUUUCGAAAAUUAUGAUACAAAAUUUCCACACGAAUCAAUUUUUUUCUUUCAGAAGAACCAAAACAUCGUCUAAAAUGUGCAACAUGCAAUCAACGUUUUCUUGCCGCUUGGGCUCUUCUCGAACAUUUGACCGAAUUUCAUCGAAUGUUGUUGUACAGCGAGGAACCGAUUCCGGUGAGUAUAGUUUAUUUGAGAAAAAUAUUUUUGAAAAAUUCUAUCAAUUCCAUUUUUGUUUGAGAUUUCAGUCAAAAUUAACCACUUUUCUUCCAAUUUUCAGUCAAAAAUAAAUUUUCAGCGCGAAAAAUCGACUGAAAAUGGAAAUGGAGCAGGCGGAGCAACUUCUUCCACCGAAACUUCACAAGCUCAAACCGAAGGAGCUCCUGUUGUUUACAACGAAGAAAAAUAA